AAGACACUCAUCAUUUCUACGAACCAGAAGAUAACCUUCCUCCAUAUAGUGAAGAAGUUACUUACCAAACCUCACUAGAAACUAACGAUACUCCCUCUUGGAUUAUUCAACUUGACCAAGAAAAUAUCCUUGAACCUAGGAAUUCUAGUGAUAAAGAACUAGACUCGAACCACAAAUUAGAUAUUGACCUAGAUAACUUUUUCUAUACUGCCCCUGUUCAACCUCCUGUUGCUUCACCAUCUCCACCUUCUAUAUAUUAA